GAGAGACGCGAUAACAGCGCGCUCACGGCCUGAGCAAAACAUAAAAACGUAGAACUAUCAUUGGGUUAUCUGUUUUGGGUGUAGUGUUUUUGUAUGAGUAAUUACUGAAAACCCUUCAGUUUUCAGUCUUUUGCUAUACAAUUUCUUGAUUAAAGUGUAGUAAUUCGUGUCGACUGACCAGAGUCCGCGAAUUGUUGAAAAGAUGACUGAAUCCCAUAAAUUCGGCUCAUUGAGCCCUAUAACAUGCCAUACGUGGAACAAAGAUAGAACUCAAAUUGCAUUUUCUCCCAACAACCAAGAAGUGGAAGUGCACCAGAGAAAUGGCAAUGAAUGGAAGCUUCUCGAUACUCUAAAUCAGCAUGAUUUGAGAGUAAUGGGCAUUGAUUGGGCUCCUAUUACGAACAGGAUUGUAACAUGUGCGGCCGAUCGUAAUGCGUACGUUUGGACUCAGGAUGCUUCUGGAAAAUGGAAACCAACUUUAGUGUUGCUGCGGAUCAACCGCGCUGCAACUUGUGUAAAGUGGUCUCCCAAUGAAAAUAAGUUUGCUGUCGGUUCUGGGGCCCGCCUGAUUUCAAUCUGCUAUUUUGAAAGUGAAAACGACUGGUGGGUGUCCAAGCACAUUAAGAAGCCGAUCAGGUCCACUGUGUCCACGUUGGACUGGCAUCCAAAUAAUGUCCUGCUGGCAACAGGCAGUGCAGAUUAUAAGCUCAGAAUUUUUUCGGGAUUUAUCAAGGACAUUGAAAAGCCACCUGAGCCAACUCCAUGGGGCGUAAAAAUGCCGUUGGGGCAAUUGAUGGCUGAGUACAUUAACUGUCCUGGAGGCGGAGGAUGGAUUCAUUGCGUCAGCUUCUCUCCCGAUGGAUCCAAAGUUGUAUGGGUAGCCCAUGAUUCGUCAAUUAACUUAGCUGAUCCAACCAAAGGUAGCGGUUUCAUUAAGCUGAAAACCGAGUUCUUGCCAUUCCUCAGCUGUACUUGGAUCAGCCCCCGGUCAAUAGUCGCGGCUGGUCAUAGCUGCGUUCCAAUUUUAUACACAGUAGGUGCCAAUGGUCAGCUCGUUUACGGAGCGAAGUUGGACACUUCCCAAAAGAAGGAGUCGGGUGGUUUAUCUGCAAUGAGAAUGUUCCAUUCUCUAGACAAGCAGGCAAGAGUCGAAACGUCUGACACCAAUUUGGAUUCAAUCCAUCAGAAUGCAAUUUAUUGUGUAUGCAUUUAUGGCGGUGAUAAGUCCAAAGCCAACAAGAUCAGUACUUCUGGUCUUGAUGGACAAUUAGUCAUUUGGGACAUUAAUUCCCUGGAAAGGUCCAUUCAAGGAUUGAAGAUUGAAUAAUUUUUAAUUGCAUUUUUACCUAAGAAAUAUACAGAAUUAUAUGUCAUAAAUAAUA